GAGGAGCCCCAGUCCGGGAUUCCCAGCUGCUCCCAUUCUCUAACCAGGACUGAGCACAGACGACCCGCCAUGGAGCUGGGGCUGAGUUUGGUGGUCCUGGCUGCUCUUUUACAAGGUGUCCAGGCUGAGGUGCAGCUCGUGGAGUCUGGGGGAGGCUUGGUGCAGGCUGGGGGGUCUCUGAGACUCUCCUGUGCAGCCUCUGGAUUCACUUUCGAUGAUUAUGCCAUAGGCUGGUUCCGCCAGGCCCCAGGGAAGGAGCGUGAGGGGGUCUCAUGUAUUAGUAGUAGUGAUGGUAGCACAUACUAUGCAGACUCCGUGAAGGGCCGAUUCACCAUCUCCAGUGACAACGCCAAGAACACGGUGUAUCUGCAAAUGAACAGCCUGAAACCUGAGGACACGGCCGUUUAUUACUGUGCAGCAGA